UUAGCCCUGCUCAUAGUAUUAAUCCAGCAGCUGCAACCGGUGCAAUGAUGUACUUUUACUAGCUGCGUACAUGUUAUACUUCGAUGCCUCAUACCAUUGAUACCAUGCAUUGCUGCGAUCCUGGCUGAACCCCACUCCAGGGUAAACCAUACAGGGUAGACUCGAGUUUUACUUUCGUUCGAGCAUCGCUCUCAGUUCAAGAUUACCGCUGUGCGUUCUCGCGCACACCGCUCUCGCGCGUGCGACUCUUGUGAAAUCUUUCCAGGCAGAUGAAUGCCAUCGCGUAUUAACUACGUGAGUGAAAUCCUUACGUUGCGAGGAUAUCACACGCAUUAUCUCUAAAAAAAUGUUGAUUCCUACUAGAAACAUCGCCACAGGUGGCUUGCUCAUCUUUGUAUCACAAUUCCUCGCUCUAAUGAUAUUUGCCGGAGCUACGACCUUGCCACCCAGGAUGCUGCAGGAUCUAGGUAAACAUACGAAUCUCUCUAUGGAGAGAUACAGCCAGGCGGAACAGACGAUCAUGAACUCGCAGACGCAUCUCAGCCGGGACUCGCCAUCCUGGUUCUUUGGCGCAUCUCACGAAAUGACCGAGGGCGCUCAAAAUCUCUCGAGAAAAGCUCUGCGAAUCGAGACGAUGGCAAUGAUGCUCGUAGAGGCAUUUAAUAUGUCAUCGGAACAGGCAUCCUUGCUACUGCCGACUGUGGCAGCUAUCCUUUGUCCCGACUCGCCCAGCUUCCUACGAGUGAUGUCUGAGUGUAAGAAGACGGAUGUCCGUUACAGGACACACACGGGACGCUGCAACAAUCCGUUGCAUCCGACUUGGGGAGCCGCGUUGGAGGCAUACGUGAGAUUUUUACCAUCAGAGUACGAAGAUGGUGUUUCCCUGCCUCGCACGAAACUACCGAGUGCGAGAGAAGUCUCCUCGAAAAUACAUUCCGGUGGAUUGGACCUUAAGCAUCCUCAUUUAAUGGCGCUCAUCGCGCUUUUUGGUCAAUUCCUCGCUCACGAUUUAGCACAUACACCCAGAAUGGAAUUGCCGGACGGCACUAGGCUCAAAUGUUGCAAUGUUGAUUACGAGAAUUUUCAUCCAGAGUGUUUCCCAAUCCGCGCAGAACAGCCAGUCGGUUGUAUGGAAUAUUCAAGAUCGGCACCGCAUCCAGGAAAUUCAUUACACGGUUGCAAGUUGGGUUCGCGACAACAGAUCAACCAAGCGUCUUCCUAUCUGGAUCUAUCUCCACUUUACGGUAGUUCCGAAGAGACAGCUAAGACCCUACGAUCAGGCAAGGGCGGUUUGCUAAAUACACAGAGGAAGAAUUUGCCGAUGGCUUCGCCACGAUACGAGAGUUGUCGAAGCGCAAGUAAAGCGUUCCCGUGUUUCUUUAGCGGCGAUUCCAGAGUAAACGAGAAUCCAGGUCUUACUUUGAUGCACGUGUUAUUCUUACGGGAGCACAACCGGAUAGCUGCAAAACUUGAACGAUUGAAUCCUCACUGGGAUGACGAAAGACUAUAUCAGGAAGCAAGAAGGAUUGUUAUUGCCGAACUACAACAUAUAACUUAUAACGAAUUUCUGCCUCUUAUUUUCGGAGAGCGUGCCCUCGACAAAUUCAACUUACGCUUGACACAGCGGGGUUACUUCCGUGACUACAACAGCCGCGUGGAUGCGACGCUUUCGAAUUCGGCGGCGUCGGCCGGGCUUUUCUUUGUCGCCGCGCUGACCCCGAAGACCCUGGACUUAGUUGACUCACGAUCAUCGCUGAAGUCUGGCGAAAGAUCCUUACUAUCGGCCUUUUAUUCGUCACAAGAAUUCUAUGAGGCUGGCGCGAUCGAUCGGCUGAUUGUUGGAGCUACAGCGGGACAUUCUAGGAAGCCUCUGCCUCCGGGCUUGAACGAAAUACUCUUGGAGCGAUAUUUCCACGACGGGAAAACCAACGACAUAGCUGUGGAUUAUGCCGCGCAAAUUAUACAACAGGGAAGAGAUCAUGGCUUGCCGUCCUAUGCCAAAUGGCGAAGCUUCUGUGAUUUACCGGAUCUUAUUGAUUUUUACGAUCUUAAAGACACGAUGGCUAAAGAUACUAUCGAGAAACUUCGAAUAGUCUACAAAAGUGUACAGGAUAUAGAUCUAGUAACUGGAGCACUUUCGGAAGCACCGAUAGCUGAUUCUGUUCUCGGACCGACAUUUCUUUGCUUAUUAGGGCGAACAUUUCGGAAUAUCCGGUUAGGUGAUAGGUAUUGGUACGAAAAUGGAAAUACUCCUGGUUCAUUUACAAUAAAACAGUUGGAAGAAAUACGAAAAAAUACAAUGGCGCAAAUUUUAUGUUAUAAUGGUGAUAGAUUACAAUGGAUGCAACCGAGAGCUUUCAUCUUAAAAGAUCCUUUCUUGAAUGAUAUGACAAAUUGUACAAUCCAUGUAAAAGGAGCCAUGGAUUUUGCAGCUUGGAAGGAAAGGACAAAUGCGAUUUAAAUCUUAUCAAAUUUUAACAUUGCUCAUAUUAAACAACAUUGUUCCUGAUUACAUUAGAGAUUGCAUGUUUAACUAAAGCUAUCUUAUUAUUAUCAUAUUUAAAAAUUUCGUUAACACAAAAAAACUAUAAUUAUUAUAUAUUAGUGACUAGAUUUAAAAAUUUUCAUCGCCUUACUAUAAAAAUUGUUUAUGAUAACUAAUUAGAAAGUUAUUAAUUUAAUUUCAAAUCUAAUUAUAGAAAAAUUUCAUUAAGUAAGGUUCUGAAGUAGAAAUAAUUAGAAUAUAAUAAUUAGAAAUAUAUAAAAAAAUAGUUCAUAAUAUAUAUCAUCGCGAUAUGUUGAUAGAAAUUUAAUUAAGUUUAUAACAAAUGUUGAUAGUUUUUAAUACUUUACGUAACAAAAAAAGAAAAAUGUUCAUAAUGAUCUCCAUUUCAUUUCUAAUAUGCACGUUUGUUUAUACACAUUUUGUUGUGUUGCUCGUUAUAAUUUUAUUACAAAUUAUCAUUGUUAUUGCAAUUUCAAUGAAAUAAUAUUCGACGAAUAAUGUAUAUAAUUCAGAAGAGCGAACAUGAUCUAUUACUUGACAAUUUUGUAUAAUAUAUACUUAUAUUUUUUUGAUUGAA